CCGGAACGCCGGCGGCGAUACUGCCGGCAGCGCCCCCCCGCCCGAGGCCGCGUUGGCGGCGCCGCGACCCCGCCCUCCCGCGCCUGUCCUUCCCUCGGCUUCCAGCCUCUGCUCCGCGCCAGAUCCGGCCCCAUCGUCCCGCUGCCCUCCUGCAGCGGCUCGUCACCUCCGGGGUCCCAGCCUCCACGGGCCGGGACCACCGCCGCCGCCGCAGGACGGGGAGGCGGGCCAUGGCGUCCUGCGUGGGGAGUCGGACCCUGAGCAAAGAUGAUGUGAACUACAAGAUGCAUUUCCGGAUGAUCAACGAGCAGCAAGUGGAGGACAUCACCAUCGACUUCUUCUACCGGCCGCACACCAUCACCCUGCUCAGCUUCACCAUCGUCAGCCUUAUGUACUUCGCCUUCACCCGGGAUGACUCUGUCCCAGAGGACAACAUCUGGAGGGGCAUCCUCUCUGUCAUUUUCUUCUUCCUUAUCAUCAGUGUGUUAGCUUUUCCCAAUGGCCCAUUUACUCGACCUCAUCCGGCCUUAUGGAGAAUGGUUUUUGGACUCAGUGUGCUCUACUUCCUUUUCCUGGUAUUCCUCCUCCUGAACUUUGAUCAGGUUAAAUCCCUGAUGUACUGGCUGGAUCCAAAUCUUCGAUACGCCACGAGGGAAGCAGACAUCAUGGAGUACGCUGUCAACUGUCACGUUAUCACCUGGGAGAGGAUUAUCAGCCACUUUGAUAUAUUUGCGUUUGGACAUUUCUGGGGCUGGGCCAUGAAGGCCUUGUUGAUCCGUAGUUAUGGUCUCUGCUGGACAAUCAGUAUUACCUGGGAGCUAACUCAGCUCUUCUUCAUGCACCUGCUGCCCAAUUUCGCCGAGUGCUGGUGGGAUCAGGUCAUCCUGGACAUCCUGCUGUGCAAUGGCGGCGGCAUCUGGCUGGGCAUGGUCGUUUGCCGCUUUCUGGAGAUGAGGACCUACCACUGGGCCAGCUUCAAAGACAUCCACACCACCACCGGGAAAAUCAAAAGAGCUGUGCUCCAGUUUACUCCUGCUAGUUGGACCUACGUUCGAUGGUUUGACCCCAAAUCUUCAUUUCAGAGAGUGGCUGGAAUAUACCUUUUCAUGAUCAUCUGGCAGCUAACUGAGUUGAAUACCUUCUUCUUGAAACACAUCUUUGUGUUCCAAGCCAGUCAUCCAUUAAGUUGGUGUAGAAUUCUCUUUAUUGGUGGCAUCACGGCUCCCACAGUGAGGCAGUACUAUGCUUACCUCACUGACACACAGUGCAAACGCGUAGGAACACAGUGCUGGGUGUUUGGGGUCAUUGGUUUCCUGGAAGCUAUCGUGUGCAUAAAAUUUGGACAAGAUCUCUUCUCUAAGACCCAAAUACUCUAUGUUGUGCUUUGGCUUCUUUGUGUGGCUUUCACCACCUUCCUGUGUCUCUAUGGCAUGGUUUGGUAUGCAGAGCACUAUGGUCACCGAGAAAAGACGUACUCAGAGUGUGAAGAUGGCACCUACAGUCCAGACAUCUCCUGGUCUCAUGGGAAAGGCUCAAAAGGUUCUGAGGACAGCCCACCCAAGCAUCCAGGCAACAACGAAAGCCACUCUUCCAGAAGAAGGAAUCGACAUUCCAAGUCAAAAGUCACCAACGGAGUGGGGAAGAAAUGAGAAGAACCUGGCUCAUCGCAGAUGUCCCAGAGAGUGCCUAGAACUGAGAGGGGAAACAGAAUGGUGUGGCUCUCCCUGUGAGGAGGGCAAACAUGCAGUGCCAUCGGGAUGAGGAGAGGGGGCUCGGGGGUCAUUCUUUGAGAGCGUGAGUCUUGUUUCCCACAGACCCGGCCACCCCAGGCAUCCUUUGCCAAUUCAAGGUCUCUUCCAACUUCAGCACUUGGCGUGCGGUCACGGGUAGGCGUGCGGAGCGUUGGCGGGCGGGGGGCGGCGGCUCCCUCCCUGCUGCCCCGGGCAGCGCCGCGCUUGCACCUACUGUGGUCCGCUGCGGUCGCGAGUCACUGAGACGGGGCGUUCGCAGCACGUUUGGACUGGUGACCGGACUUUAUUUUUAUGAAUCUGCCUCUCCCAUUCGACCGAUGGGUCUGAGUUCAGGUCCCUAUUCUGUCUUUUAUUUUAUCGUUGUUGGUACGGUUUUAAGUUAGAAGCCACUGCUGAAACUGAGUUGGGGAGGGCACCUCUCUCUCCCGGAGAUAAAACGCGGGAGAGUGUUUGUUGCUCUCUUGCAAACGCGUCCCCUCUCCAGGACCUUAUACCGUGUGCGGUGGGUGGAAAACCGGCUUGAGGAAAGGUUCGCUACCCACAGAGGCUCCCGGGCUUCAGGUCAGAACCUGGUCCAUCCGUUCCCAGUGUCGUCUGUCCCGACGUAUCCACAGUGCACACACAGUGCCCGCCGGGCUUCUCUCCUAGCCAGGUGCCUUCUCCAUGGUGUUGGUUUUCCUCCGUGCUGUGUGGCUCAUUGUCUUUUAGUCCCAUGUGAGGUGCUGGUGAGUAUUACCUUUCAUCCGUGCCAUGCUCUAGCACAUUUACUUACCCCGAUAGUUCACCACCUCUGAUGGAUUCCUGUUUUAAAUAAAAUAAUUCACGUUAAAGUCCAUCAAA